AUGGCAGACAAAUCCACCUCAAGCACAGUAACAGCCCAAACCAACCCCCGCGGAAUCCCCGUCGCCCCCUUCGUCGACAACGUCGCCGACUACGUCUCCUCCCGCGAAGAUGUCGAACCCACACUCCGCCGCUUCCAGGAGAUGAUCUCCAAAUAUCAGUUCAUGGAAGUCAACGCGCAACGGCGCGCCGUCGGCCUCCGUGACAAGAUCCCCGAUAUCAAGAAGACGUUGGAAAUGGUUCGGUUUUUGAAGAUGAGGAGGGAGUCAACCGAAUCCGACCUCGACACAAGUUUCGAACUAAACGAUACCCUCUAUGCCCGCGCCUCGAUCUCGCCCGCUGAUACCGAGGAAGUGUACCUCUGGCUCGGCGCUAAUGUGAUGCUGGCCUAUCCCAUUGGUGAAGCAGAGGAGAUGUUGCAAGAGAAACUCUCUGCGGCGCAGUCGUCGCUGUCGAAUUGUGAGGAGGAUCAGGAGUUCCUGCGGGAGCAGAUUACGACCCUGGAGGUUGCGACUGCUCGUGUGUACAACUGGGAUGUUGUGCAACGGAGAAAAGAUAAGGCAGAUGGGAAAGGUGAUGAUAACCCUGAGAAGCCGGGUGGUUGA